AUGGUACACUCGAACAACAAACAAACAUCGACAAACAACGUUCCACAAGCAGCAUCGCAAUGCCGAAAUGGCAAAACACAUUCCGCAUCCAGGAAACGAAGUGAAACCGAUGGCACAAGGGCGCAUAGGUCGCUAUUCUCCAAAACAGCGGCUAUCCUUUUUGCUGUUGCUUGCAUCUUUUUAAAGCAUCAAGAUGACUUCGAAAGACAAGAAGAGUAUGUGGCCAAAGUGCAAGUAUAUAACAGAGCUGCUAGAAAGUUAGCCAUGACAAUAGAAGAAGGAACUCCAUCAGACGAGGAACUUGAAGUAGAAGAGAUGGACAUGGAACAGUAUGGGGAUGAUGAACAAACCUAUGAAGGUGCCUACGAAGAUGUUGAAGAACCUUAUGAAGAACCCUAUGAAGACGCAGAAGAAGGAAUAUAUUCUAACGAACAGUGGGAGGAAGAAGGAGAAGAGGAUGAUUAUGAAGAGCAGGAAGAAGAAGCUAUUCUAGAAGAAUGGACACCAGAGGAGCAACAGGUACAAGAAGAAGUACAUUAUGAUGGAGAAGGGAAUAUACAACAUGGUGUAAGGCAAGAAGAAGUCGAUAAUGGAGACAUAUUACCUGCCGAAGUAUCAGUCACUGAGCCUAAAAGGGAAGCUGCGCCUGUUGAGAACUCGGGAAACUCAGAUUCUAAGGUUGAAUCAGAUGGACCAUUACCAGCCUCACAGAAUAAUGAACAAAGCGUAAAAGCGACGAAGAAGCCCGCAGGACGCUCCAGUACACCGAAACAUAUUUCAACUACGAAUAAAAGAUGGGUAGGCUUCGGUGUGUCCAAUUCUGCUUUUAAUACAGUAGCGGGGUUCUUGUACUUCGUACCAGUUCUUCAACAAUUUUGGAUUACCAUAUUUCUUUCUGCAGCUGGCGGGAGCAUAGUAGUUGUGCUCUUGAUUCUGCUAUACCUGUGUAUUCGUGGAAAGAAAUGGUCAAGAAAGUCGAAUAAAAAAUUGACGCCAUGCACUCCGCCCAAAACUAACAAAAACCCAAAUGUACCUAAGAAAUCAGAAGCACAUGGGAAACCAACAGUACCUAACAAACCAUAA